ACAAAGGUGUGGAGGUACCAAUUAUUGGCAUACCCCAUUUUUUUUACCACUUUGUUUACAAAGGGAAAAAACAAAGAAAGAAAAAAAAAAGCAAAGAUGGAUAGGAAUCGCCUGCACAACCAAGUUGCCUCCAUGAGAAGGUCCCUCUUUGAUCAGGGCUACCUUGACGAUCAAUUCAUUCAGCUGGAGGAGUUACAGGAUGAUACCAACCCUAAUUUUGUUCAAGAGGUUGUCACCUUAUUUUACAAUGAUUCCACAAGGUUAAUUCAGAACAUCGAACAAGCACUGAACAGUAGGCCUAUUGACUUUUGUAAACUGGAUGAUUACAUGCACCAGUUCAAGGGAAGCAGCUCCAGCAUUGGGGCUAAGAAGGUUACCAAUGAAUGCACAGCUUUCAGAGAAUACUGCAAUGCUGAAAAUGCUGAAGGAUGCAUUAGGAGUUUUCAACAAGUGAAGCAAGAGCAUGCAAUCUUAAAGAGGAAGCUCGAAGUUUAUCUUCAGACGGUGAGACAAGCUUCUCAAACAGCAUGAGUUGCAUGGAGACAAUACUGUCAUAUAUAGCUUACACAAUAAUCAGCUCAUCACUAUAUAUCGAAAACAUGGAUAAAUAUGGGAAGUUAUUUGGUACUACUCCGCAAACAGAGUUAGGGGUUGACAAGUGUCUUACAACAUUAUAGUAAAAUAUUUAAAAAUAAAUAUUAAAAGAAAAGAUACAUAUUAAGUUUCUAAAGGUUACUUAUAGAAUAGAAAAAGUACACUCUCCCAAAUAUUCACCCUAUAUAUAUGUUGUAAUAUAUCUAAAUGUUAUAAAUAACAAUAACAAUAGCUUGCCACUUUCUAUUUCA